CCCUUCGUUACACUGUAAAUAAAUACAACAUAGCUGUUCGUCGAUCACUGGUCGUCUAUAAGUGAGGUAAAGUGUCGAAUCUUUGCAAGUCUGGAACUGUUUUAUUCGUCUUUUUUCUGGGUUUAUUCAUUAUAACGUCUACUCGUCGAUAGGUUAACGAAUAGUCGUUCCGUCGAAACGUGGGAUAAAACUAAGAUAGCUACCGGGUCAUCGUAAUCCUGUACAUUCUCACAAUGUCUGGACCAAAUGGAGAUCCUGACGUACACAUUGAUGAUGGCAUCAUCGAGGACGGCGACGAAUUAAAUGACGAAGAGUUUGCAGCAAUCAACUCCAUGCUGGACCAGAUCAACUCGUACCUCGAUGGCCUGGAGGAGAAAAACGACGCCCUCAACAGCAAAAUGCACGAACUCCUUGAAUCCAAUCGACAAGCCCGGUUGGAGUUCAGAGCCCAGCUGGAAGAGCAGCAGCCUGGGGACGAUCACUCCUCUUGGCAAGGCACGGACGAAGACCGUGAUAAAGACACAAGAGAUACUUGUAUCUGAACAGUGACACCAGUCAGACACCUUUUCGUCUUGCUUGCAUCCAUGGGUCUGUAAUUUAUGAAAAUGUAGCAGAUUUAAACUAUAAAGUUUACUUUUCUCUCUUCGUGCUGUCUGUAAAAGUACAGGAAAAUACCACUGCAGGGAAUUUUUGGGACAUUUUAAUAUAAAUUAAAAUGUCGUCCAAAAAAUACAUUUGAACUUUCAAGCAUUUUAGAAAACAUGUCUUGAUUUCAGUUUUGUCAGUAGCAGAAUAAAAAUACAGUCUUGAUUAACAAUGA